AGCAGCAGCAGCAGCAGCAGCAACUACGAGCAAGCGCAGAGUUGACUGAGAAAGCUGCAGACACGAACGGAAAGACAAAUGGUUCGGAGACCGCUUCGAAUGACAUUAAAGAAGAAGACGAAGACAAUGACGGCGAGACUAAAAUGGGCGAAGACGAGGACGGGUGGCAGGAGAUGCCAGUAUUUGCAAGCCACGACAUAUACGACGACGACGGGAAUAUCAUCGCACAUGAAGAGAUCAAGUCCGAUGAUGAGCAAGAAGACUUCCAACGCGGUGGUGCGGGGAAAGGUUACACGCGUGUGACAGUCGACGCCGAGAAUGCAGAGAAAGAGGCCGAGCUGGAAGAUCAGACGAAAUAUCUAUUCCAUACCGAUGACCCGACCGACGCAGCGGCGCGAAACCCUCUUACUCAGCUACAGGCUACGAAAGAAUUACUCACAGACUCGCAGCGGAUUGCCUAUGUCGGUCUGUGCAAGCUCUGCAUUGUCGACAUGGCGACCGAUCUGGCAAACAAGAAGGGAUCCCAGCGGAUUGCGAAAAGUCUGAGUACGGUAUUUGGUUCGAUGGCGAUGUGGUCGCAAAAAAUAAGCAUGAGAUUAUAUGCCCACAUGGACAUCUCAACAGAGGAGCAACUCAUGAUUGAGCAACUCUCUUCUCAUGGUGUGGAGGCCUCCGAUCUGAACGGUGCGCUAAUGCAAAACUGCCGGGUGCCUAAUCCAGUGAUGAGACAUAGCGAAUCUGAUGACGAGGCUAAUUAUGCCGGAGAACUCGUUACUUCACGCUCACCGACACCUCUCCCAGAGUACAGUGAAUCGCAGCAGCCUGAGCACGUUCUGGACCCGUCCUCGAUCGAGGAUGCGAUGACGCUCGACAUUGACAUUCGCUGGACGGUGCUUUGCGACUUGUUCUUGGUGCUUGUUGCCGACUCGGUGUAUGAUGCGCGAUCGCGCACUCUGCUCGAGCGGGUCGCAAAGGAGCUCAACGUGACCGUGCUUGAUAUCUGCAAGUUUGAAAAGCGCGUGACAGACGCGCUCGAUAUCGAUGACCCGAGCGAGCAGACAUGGCGCGAGGAUGAGAUUCUCGAACGCAGACGGAAGCGGGCACUCAAGAAGAAGUACGUCUACAUGGGCUUGGCCACGCUUGGUGGUGGACUCGUCAUUGGCCUUUCGGCAGGCCUGCUGGCGCCCGUGAUUGGCGCCGGUUUAGCGGCCGGACUGACGACUGUCGGAAUCACUGGUACAUCGAGCUUUUUCGCUGGCGCGGGAGGCGCCGCCAUCGUCACCACGACCGGUGCUGCUAUCGGUGCUCGCGUGGGCAAGAACAGUAUGGCGCGGCGAAUGGGCCAUGUGAAGACGUUUGAGUUCCGUCCGCUGCAUAACAACGAGCGAGUGAAUCUGAUUGUGACGGUGUCGGGUUGGUUGUCGGGCAAAGAGGAUGAUGUGCGUCUUCCGUUUUCGACAGUAGAUCCAGUCAUGGGCGAUAUUUUCUCGCUGCAUUGGGAGCCUGAUAUGCUUACGUCUAUGGGUCAGACUAUUAACUUGCUGGCGACUGAGGUUCUGACGCAGAGUAUCCAGCAAGUGUUGGGAAGCACGAUGUUGGUGGCGUUGAUGGCAUCGCUGCAGUUGCCGAUGAUGCUUAGCAAGUUGUCGUAUUUGCUGGAUAAUCCAUGGAGUGUGUCGCUGGAUCGUGCAUGGGCAGCGGGUCUGAUUCUGGCCGAUACUCUGAUCCAGCGCAAUCUCGGCGUCCGUCCAAUCACUCUCGUCGGCUUCUCCCUCGGCGCGCGCGUGAUCGUCUCGUGUCUCAACGAGCUCGCGAAACGCAACGCGGUCGGUAUCGUGCAGAACGUGUACAUAUUUGGAUCGCCAGUUGUCGCGAAGCGCGAUAUGAUGAUCAUGUGCUCGUCGAUGGUCUCGGGUCGGUUCGUGAACGGAUACUCGCGCAAGGACUGGAUUCUCGGGUACCUCUUCCGAGCGACGUCUGGUGGAUUAGGACGGAUUGCGGGGUUGGCGCCGAUCGAGGAGAUUUACGGUAUUGAAAAUAUGGACUGUACCGAGUUGGUUGAGGGACAUAUGGGAUACCGUGAAGCCAUGCCUCGGUUGUUGUCGAUGUGCGGGUGGGAGGUUGUCAGUGAGGAGUUUACGGAAAUCGAGGAUCCGGACCCCGAUCUGCAGCGCGAACGCCAGCGCGAGCUCAUCGUGGAAUUCGAAGAAGCGCGCCGGCAAAUGGAACGCGAAGCGGCGGGCAAGAAACCCAAGAAAGGCCUCUUCUCGAAAUGGACCAAGCCAAAGAAGAAGGAAUGGUGGGACAUGUACGAUGCCGAGACCGCGGGCAACGGCGAGGCCGAGUCGUCUUCUGCGCAUAAGAAUCAGUGGGAUCCGAGUACUUUCCGCGAGGGAGAGUAUCAUUACCAGUAUCAGCCCAAGGAGUCUGAGGAUGGAAGCGAGAUCCUGUUCGAUGUCGAGGCUAUUCGGCGGGAGAUCAGAAAGGCGAAGGCGAGGGGGCUGUAAGUAAUUUGAAUGUAAAUAUCCUUUUUGUUUGUUUUUCAGGUUUUCACAUUGGUGUUAUUGGGAAAAAAUGUGCCUUUAUAAUUCUUUUGUCUUUUGCUUUGUUUCUUUUAAGAUUCAAUGAGUUUUUUCUUCAUUGCAUUGUUAUUGCAUAGUUUGCUUCAGUCCGUUCGACGAUCAGGCAUGCUGAUCUGUUUAUAUGUUUUGAUAUGUUUAUAUUUGCCAAAUGAUUCAGAUAUGUACAAAGUAUAGGCCAAGCCAAGGAAACAAU